AUGGCGGUAAGUGCCUCUGGUUUCCAAGGCGCAGAACCGCGCCUCGACUGCAGCAGCGCCGAUGAUUUCGACUGGAAAUCCACCAACACGGCUCGGAAACGCUUCACUGCACCAUGGGCGCGACGACGACGGCCGGAGAAGCACGAUGCUACCAGGCAGCUGGGCCCUAAAGGCCUUUCUCUCCUCCACAAACCACCAGAGCCUCUUAUUGAUAUUAUCUUUGUCCACGGUCUGCGCGGCGGUUCCGUCAAGACAUGGCAGAAAGGUGGCGACCCCCAGCGCUUUUGGCCGCAGCUGUGGCUGUCCGUUGAGCCUGGAUUCGAGCACGCCAAUAUUCACUCCUUUGGCUAUGAUGCCGAUAUCAAGACAGGAAAUGGACUCAAUAUACACGACUUCGGCAGGGAGCUAUUGGAAGAGAUGCGGCGCCCGAUUAUCAUGUUAGGCCACUCGAUGGGUGGUCUUGUGAUCAAAAAGACUUUUAUUCUUGCGCAGGACAUACCAUCGUGGAAACAUAGAAUCAGAUCGAUAUUCUUCCUUGCCACACCACACCGCGGCUCAAACUAUGCCGCAAUACUGAAAAAUAUCCUGACCGUGUCUGGGGCUGCAUCAACUCGUCAAUACGUCGGCGACUUGACCACAAGCUCUCAGACAUUGAAGCUGAUCAACGAGGAUUUUGGCAAACGUGCACACGACAUUGAGAUCUAUUCCUUUUUUGAAACGUUAAAGACAAAGAUCGGUCCGACUUCAGUAUUGAUUGUAGACAGAGACUCUGCAGUCUUAGGCAAUAAAUUCAAGAACCCCGAGGAGCCAAACUACACCAUGGUGAGAAAUGCGCUCGCCAGCGCGGCCAAGGAUCUGCUCAAGGACAUACUUGUUUCAAAGGCCGACCAAGCGAGAAGACAGAUGAAAACUCUUAAACCGUAUCUUGGCGUCAGUGAUGUUCCAGACGAACAUCACGACACGGUAGAGGGCUCCUGCGAGUGGAUCGAAAUCCGGGACGACUUUCAAGACUGGCGAGAUACUGCAACCCCCCGUCAAAAACCUCCAAGUGAACCACUUGGGGUCGCCUCAAAGCAGAUGUCGAUAUUUUGGGUCCAUGCUGGUCCGGGAAGCGGCAAAACUCACCUCGCUUCCUAUGUUCAAUCGCAGCUCGAAAGCACCACACUCCCAUGCACCUGUUAUUAUUUUCAUGUCGGGAACCCGGCUUCACGAUCUCUUGCGCAUUUUCUGCGGUCGACCGCGUAUCAAAUGGCUGUAGACAGCACAGCUGUUCGCGACCAACUGUAUAAAAUGUACCAGGACGGGUCCAUCUUUGACAUGGAUGAUGCCUGGACGAUAUGGACCAAGGUGUUCAAAAAGGGUAUCCUGCAAAUUGAAUCGGAUAUACCUUAUUAUUGGAUCAUAGACGCUCUAGACGAAUGUCCGAAAUACGCCGAGCUGUUUACUAUGCUAAAAGGUGAAAAGCCACAGUUCCCUCUCCGCAUAUUUCUUACGAGUCGGCCUAUUCGCGACAUGCAGCGACUUCAAAAAACACUGCAACCUACAGCGACGGUGUACUCCAUUGAUAUUGAUAGGAAGGACAGUCUUGACGACAUCCACUGCUACGUGAAGAGCCGCGUCGAAGGGAUGGCGCUACCAGACGCAUCGAGUAUCGAGGAACUCACAAGUACCAUCAUGCGCAAGUCGAAUGCAUGCUUCUUAUGGGUGAGACUUGUGAUGGAUGAGCUAGAAGGAGUAUUUACGACAGUGAGUAGAAUGGAUAUACUAAACACCAUCCCGGAAGGGAUGAAGCCAUACUAUGAGAGGACCAUUGAGCCGAUUGAGGCAAACACCAGAGAGAAGCACAUAUCAAAGGCAAUAUUCACCUGGGUUGUGGCUACGGCGCGAGCAUUGGACGUGUCAGAACUGAUCGAAGCGCUGCAACAUGAUAUAUCAGCCGACGUUCCGCAAUCGACUGGCGCUAUCGAAGGGCUGUGCGGCCAGCUGGUCACAGUUGGCGCUUCUGGUACAGUGGAAUUGAUUCACCCGACCGCUCGGGAGUUUCUACUCUCCUCCGCAGGAGAGUUCAACGUAUCAUUGCCACGAGCCCAUGAGCGCAUCGCGCUGGUUUGCUUAAAGCUGCUGUCUAGCAGUGAACUGCGACCCCCGCGGACCGCGCGCUCUAUACACCAGGACCGCCCGCCGCUGUCGCCGCUGACAGCCUACGCCGCCGAAAACUUUUCGGAGCACAUAUUUGCGGCCUCGUCAGAGAAUGAUCAAGUGCUGCUGGCUCUGGACCGCUUCCUCAAGACCAAUGUCUUUAGCUGGAUCGAGAGAGUGGCCAUGACGGGCAACUACCGCAAUCUCUUGCGUGUGUGCAAAAACCUCAGAGCAUAUCUUGAUCGGCGAGCGAAAUACCACUCCCCUCUGAGCGCCGAGGUGCGAAACAUCGAUAAUUGGGCCACGGACCUGAAUCGGCUCGUCACUCAAUUUGGCGAGCCGCUCUCGAAGCAGCCGUCCUCGAUCUAUUUCCUUAUUCCGCCCAUGUGUCCCACAAACUCUGCGGUAGCCCGCCAAUUCGGAAAACGAAUUGAUGGCUUGUCACUCUCUGGGCACCGAGCGUUGGUAUGGGACGAUUGCGUCGCAAAUAUCAGCUUCCGGGAAGACAUUGCGGCUGCCGUUGCUUGUGGCGAGAGCGUGUUCGCGGUCGGGAUGGAGUCUGGCGUCGUGAACUUGUACAACCAAAGAACCUACCAACACGAGGGCUUGAUUCGUCACUCCAACUCAGUGGACCUGGUUCAUUUGACGGACAAAUUUGUCGUCUCCUGUACCACCAAAUCCAUCAUCCUUCAAGAUAUGCGAGGCGGCAUCAUUUGGGAGAAUAGACUACGAUUCCGCUGUCUCUAUCUCACAGCAUCGGAAACCCACAUCAUCGGGAUCUCGCAGCAUGGGCAUCUAAUCAAGUGGGACAAAGAGACGGGAGAAAUGGUUCAAGACAAAACCUUCAACUACCAAAACUAUGACGGGGAGACUAUGCACAAAUAUAACAAGAAUCGAGCACCACGAGUGGCAACGAUUUCCCCGGACUUUGAGAUGGCAGCUCUUGGCUAUCGCGGCGGGACUGUGUCAGUUUGGGAUACUGUUGACUCGGAACUUCUUGGAUGGGCCAGAGAUGAGGAGGGACGAGUCGCUGCCAAGCUCAUGUUCAACCCAAACCCCAACAUCCACCUUCUUCUUGUCAUUUAUUCGAAUCAUGGGCUUGCACUAUACAACACAUCAGCCAUUGAACUUGUUCAGUCCCACAAAUCACCGAACAAUGCUGGGAUUCUGUCCACAUCCUGUUCCCCAGACGGCCGCAAUUUGGCCACUACCGACACACAUGGCAACAUGAACAUUUGGGAUUUUGAAACGCUCUCGAUACUCUAUCAUAUCCUCUCGCCCUUCCCCUCCUUCAGGAUAUUGAGUUUCACCUCUGAUGGCUCAAGCGUCCUCGACGUUAUGGACUCCAGCAUGCGAGUCUGGUCCCCGUCUGUGCUUGUGCGCAAGACCUUUGAAGAAGACGCAAGUAUCAGUGAUGAUGCAUCGCAUUUGCCUGUAACUCAAGGAGAAUACGAGCGCCACAUGGAUAUCAAGAUAAACGUUGUUGGCGCGCAUCCAGAGCUACCAUUCAUUGUUUACGGGAAAAAUAGUGGGAGCCUUGUCGCUUUUGCGCCAAAGGAUGGUGCCACCACCGAAGUUUACAGACACACCGGCACGGUCACCAACAUCACGAUGGCAAGCGACGGAACUAUUGCCUCUGCGGAUGUGCACAAUGUGGUAUUUUUACGAAGAUACAGACCAAGCAUGAAGAGUGAAAUUGUCCCCGUGAAAGCAAUCGAUGGAGCCAAGUUUAAUUCUCGAGUAAAACAGCUUUGUUUCAGCUCAGACGGUAAGCUACUUCUAGUAUCGACUCUUGAGAAGGAUGUCGUCUACCGCUCCCAGGAUGGGAGAUGCAUUGGCACCUUGGAUUUUGGGCCCGACGAAAGGAAACUAUGGAUCUGGGUCUCAACCAGAGAUAUAGCCUCUGCAGAAGAGCAGUUUUGGCUCAUCUCUGACCACAGAGUGAAGCGCUACUCCGCUAGAAAAUUUCCAUCGCCAACUACGGCGUCAGAAGUGCAGCUCGUUUAUGGCCUUGCUGAUGGCUGGUCCGAGACUGAGCUUGUGAAAGCAGCCUGGUCAUCGAAAUCCCAAACACUGGUUAUUGAGGCCAUGGUGCAUCUCAACGCUAAUCAAUCGUCUGCUUUUUUUGUCUUUGAUAGUGCCAGCGCCAAAUGGGCCGAAGCGGCAACGGAGGAAUGUGGCCUUGACGAUAUACUGCCACAGGGCUCAAAACACAACCGAGCAUUCUUAGGAUGGAGCUCCGAAGAUAAGAGUUUACUCUUUAUGAGCGCAGACUCCUGGGUCUGCAGCCUGUCAUUGGCAGAGAUGAGCGAAAGGGUCUACAGUCGGCAUUUUUAUGUGCCCAGACAACUUUGUACUGAUUUGGCGCCGACAAAGGCGGCAAAUGAUGAUAUUAUUCUGUGUAAUUCUGGAGAGAUUACCUCGAGCGACAAUGGUGAUAACUUCAGCAAAGUACCUAUCGUUGAAGACUCACCACGUUCCCUCUCUCCCGACUUUGAGUCUGAUGUGUGGGCGGACAACGACGAAGCCCAGUACGGCGACGUUGAUACGGACGAAUACAAGAGAAAAUUUCCAGACGCCUUCGAGUGGGAUUGCUGUGGCCAGGACGGAACUUCGACGGGCUGCACCAAGGGCCCGCACAGAACAAAGACGAACCAGGAUCGUGAUGACAAGCGACUGUCCGAGGACAGCGACAUGACCAUUGAGAUUGACUCGGAUGAAAACGACGAGUCUGACGAGACGCAAGCCGAAUUGGGUCUUGAUACGUAG